AUGAGGCUCAUUGAAGUGCGAAAAUUUGUUGAGACACAACGCAUUUCUUUUGUGGAAUUCUACGGCGAGAGACCGAAAUAUGCCAUUCUUUCACAUACCUGGGAAAGCCAGCAAGAGGUUACCUACCAAGACUCUAAUCUCAAAUCGUCCAAGUCAAAAACAGGAUACCAAAAGAUUCGCAAGACCUGUGAACUAGCACUCAGCGAUGGAUUCGACUACGUAUGGAUUGACACAUGCUGCAUCGACAAAUCCAGUAGUGCCGAGCUGACUGAAGCCAUCAACUCGAUGUUUCUUUGGUAUCAGGAGGCCAGCGUCUGUUAUGUAUACCUCGCGGACAAGUUCAAGCGAUCAAGGCUGAGGGACUGCCGAUGGUUCACUCGCGACUGGACGUUGCAGGAGCUGAUAGCGCCAGGAGUCAUUACCUUUCUCAACAAUUCAUGGGAUCGUAUUGGUACCAAGAACAGCCUUAUGGGUCGACUUACAGCCAUCACACGAAUCUACCCUGAUAUACUUGGCCACAAAGCUCCAAUUUCAUCCGCGUGCAUCGCAAAACGUCUCUCCUGGGCUGCGGGUCGCCAGACAACUCGGGUGGAAGAUAUUGCAUACUGCUUGCUUGGGAUAUGCAACAUUCAUAUGCCGAUGCUCUACGGAUAA